GGGAGGGGCAGCUGGUUUCUGGAUGAAGUUUCAGUUGGAAGGAGAAGCUGGGAUGAGGACUGGCUGCUGGAGAGGAUCAUCCAGAGGGGGACAGUGAUCACCUGGAGGGCUCACCUGGGCCAUGGCUGCUCUCUACCUGCUGCUGCUCUGCACCUGGCUGUGCUCAGGAUGUCGGGCCCUGCAAGUGACUGUACAGGACACCCAGAGAUACUCCAUGUUAUUUUCCACUGUGAUCCUCAAGUGUGACUACAGCACUUCUGCUGCCAUCCAGGACGUGUCCGUCUCCUGGGUCUUCAAGUCCUUCUGCAAAGAUCCCAUCUUCGACUUCUAUUCUGCCUCGUACCAGGCAGGUGUCUCCCUUGGGCAAGACCCAACCAUUGACUGCAACGACAACCAGAGGGAAGUGCGCAUCGUUAUCCAGAAGCGCGGCCAGAAUGAGGCCGUGCUGGGCAUGGACUACCGCCAGCGCAAGAUCACCAUACAGAAUAAAGCCGACCUGGUGAUCAGCGAGGUAAUGUGGUGGGAUCACGGAGUUUAUUAUUGCUCAGUGGAGGCCCAGGGGGACACGGCCGGGGACCGGGAUAAGGAGGUGAAGCUGAUUGUUCUACAUUGGCUGACCGUGCUGUUCAUCGUAAUGGGAGGACUUCUUCUUAUCCUCCUCCUCUGCAUAUGCUGGUGUCAGUGCUGCCCUCAUUGCUGCUGCUGCUACGUCCGCUGUCCCUGCUGCCCUACCAAGUGCUGCUGUCCAGAGGAAGCCAUCGCCCGCCAUCAGUACAUGAAGCAGAUGCAAAGCCACGUCCCCUGGAUGAUGGAGAAACCUUUCUACGCCGGAGCCGACCGCCACUCUCAACACUCCUCUUAUCAGCUCAACCCCUUACUUCAGAGAGAUCUCUCACUUCAGGGGAGCAUUCCAAUGGUCAGACAGCAAAACUUCCCACCCCCCAAUAACAAAGUUCUUGACUUUUUGGAGAACGAGCUCAAGAACUUUAAUACAGCCCAGCCUUUGGCCUCGGGCCCUCACUACAGCGGGGCCAGCCACCACCCCAGCAUGUUAUCUUCCUUGAGCGAAGUUGGGGUCCGUGAAGUUGAUCGCAGGGUGAUUCAGCUUCCCCCCAUUGUUGAACAUAUUGUCAGCUCUCAUCGGAGCAAUAACUCCAGCCAACAUCGCAGACACAACUCGUGGGAUGCCCUAGAGAGCGAUCGGGACAGGAGGCGGAACGGACCCCAGGAAGACCCCUACCUUCCCGAGAGAGAUAGAAGCGACCGGUCCCACGGCUAUAGGAGAGGGCAGCCAAAUGACAGCCGUGGAAGGAGAGACCCCUCCCCUCCCCGCAGAUUUGACCGCUCUAAUCACAGCGACGAGUCAGCUUAUGAUGACCAACGCGGGCAUUCCAACCAAAGCUCCGAUCACAGAAGGUCUCCAGACAGGUCAAGGAGAAGGGGCAGUCCGGACCGCGUCUCUAGACGGAGGAGGAGCCACUCGCCCCCCUACAGACGCAACUCUUGGAGCUCAGACGAUGAAAGUCAAUACGCCCGCGGCAGGAGAGAACGGCGCCCACAGCCCUACGACUGGCCGGAGGACAAACCUCCCAGCUACAAAUCUAUCGACAGCAGCACAGGAAAGAUCAAAAACCAGCGAGGGAGGCAGUCGGACCGGGCCAGUUCCAGAAGCGGAAGGAGCAUGAUGAUUUAGUGGACGAUGAUUUAGUGGACGAUGAUUUUCUGGACGAUGUGGUGACAAGGAAAGGACUGAGAAGGAGGUUUUACUAAAACCAGAGAAA